GAGCGCAUUCCACUUGCGGCACAGAGCGUGGACACGGAACAUUCCUGCGUAGGCGAGGUGGACUUACCCGAGAAGCAGGUUGGUUCGUGUCAAAAUAAAGGUAGAAUUUGAAUGGCAUCGAUCAGCUGCAGGUGGACCGGACCGGACAUCUGCCGAGACAUGGAUAGUGUGAAGAAGAUGCUUGGACUGUGACAGACUGGGCUUAUACAAAGGAGGGUCGUGGCCAUGGCGGGCUUCUCGGACCUUUUGCGGCGCACCUGCACAUGCUGCCUCUCUGAGGAGGAGCAGAGAGCCCUCGCUGUGGACAAGGAGAUCCGGCACCAACUCAGAAAGCAGAAGCAAAUGGAGAGGCGCGAGGUCAAAAUUCUCCUUUUGGGAACUGGUGAGAGUGGAAAAACCACCUUCAUCCGCCAAAUGAGAAUCAUCCACGGCCGGGGCUUCUCAGCGGAUGACAGGAAAGAAUUUGCUAAAUGCGUCUUCCAGAACAUUUUUACAGCGAUCAAGGCCAUGACAGCAGCCAUGACCACGCUAAGAAUUCCUUACUCCAACCCCGAUAACGAGUUCUAUGCCAGGAAGGUCCACACUGUCAACACAGUCCAGGUCACCAAACUGGAGCGAGACUAUGUGGAUGCCAUCCGGCGCCUCUGGGCUGACUCAGGCAUACGGGUCUGCUACAGUCGACGCUGUGAGUACCAGCUGCUGGACUCCACGGAGUACUAUAUGAACCAACUGGACCGCAUUGCAGAGCCAGACUACAUCCCCACAGAACAGGACGUGCUGAGGGUGCGAUUUCCCACCACCGGCAUCCACGACUAUUCCUUCACCAUCAAUAAGAUCACACUCAGGAUUGUAGACGUGGGCGGCCAGAAAUCAGAGCGUCGGAAAUGGAUCCACUGCUUUGAGAAUGUCACUUCGCUCAUCUUCCUGGCAUCCCUCAGCGAGUAUGAUCAGGUUCUGGAGGAGAGAGACACCAUUAACCGCAUGGAGGAGAGCCUGGCUUUGUUCUACACCACCAUCCAUUCGCCGUGGUUCCACAACACCUCCAUCAUACUCUUCCUCAACAAAACCGACAUCCUCGCCGACAAAAUACAAACCUCUGACCUAAAGAAAUACUUUCCUGGUUUCAUGGGUAGGAGACAAGACCCAAUAGAAGCCAGAAAAUACAUUGAAAAGCUGUACCAGCAACAGACCAACAACCCGGACAACAGGGAGGAGGGAAAGAGCCUCUACACGCACCCCACCUGUGCCACAGACACAGAGAACAUCCGCAAGGUGUUCAGCGAUGUGAAGGACACGGUGCUGCUCCGGUCUCUGCGGGAAUACGGGAUCAUAAGUUGAAAAUAGCCUUAAAGUUCUGGCUGUGCUCAUGAUAGGACUAUAUGAAGGACAGGGACAAUGAAGGCCAGCCAUCUUUUUCUUGAACACCUGAAGGAGACCGACACGGACAAGCCAACCACAGCGUGCGUAGAUAGAGACGGAUUGUUUUUCUGCAGCAAUAGGAUUGUGAGUGAUCUGAAACUUAUUCAAGUGACUUUUUUCGAGAGGGAGGGUACACCCUGGAAUGUUAGCCAGCCAAUCAAAGGAUAUUUAGAGAUAAACAUUUGCGUUCUCAUAUGUGAACCUUUGCACCAUCACCAGACACUUGUCAAAUGUCAAAAUGACAUAUCACACCUUUUAAAUAUGUAUAGUUUAACCACCCUUAUAUAUAUAUUUUUUUUGUCUUCAUCCAUCAGCACAACACUGACACAUUUUACUGUGCCCAGAAGAGAUCUGAUAUUAUUACAGUGGCAGGACUUGAUUAAAAAUAAAUCUCACUCUUGGCUUUGGAUGUAAUUCCAAUAUUUUUCCAUUUGAAUCUAUUUUUAUUUGCUGGUUUUGUGCAGAAAUUGGCCAUAAAUGUGAUCUGAUUUCAUAUAAAUCUGUUUCAGAAACAGAAACCCUCAAACACAUCUUAGUGGGUUGCAAGACCAGCCUAACGCAGGGAAGACGGUGUCACAACCAAGUGUUGAAUUGCUUGGCUACCGAACUUGAGAGCAGGAGGGUAACCACUAGUGCCAUGCCUCUAAAUCUCCUACCUACCUUCUGAAGGAAUCUGACCUUCCAGCCAGACCACCAGAACCACGCCAGUCGAACCGUCGGACUCGUUCUGGCGCAGAUCUAAUGAGCCAGGCCUGCGGGACCCAGCAAUCCAGCCAGAAGGCCAAACUCUGUGCGUUCACCUUAGUCUUAACCCUUUGUACUGACUCCAUUUUGAAAGGUUUAAAGAAGGCUCACCGAGAACAAGUUGACAAUUAUUCGGGUCGACAGCGAUCAAACAGAAAGGUGAAACAGACACAGACACUGACAGGAGGCAAACUUGUUCCAAGGUCAGCAUAUCAGAAGUCAUCAAAAGGUUCCCGAGAAAAAUGAUAACACUUAGUCAAACAUUUAGUCUUUUGAAGGCUCUCGCUGGGCGGGCCGUGGGCAGGAAUUUGUUGGGCGUUGUUUAAGAUCUGUUUGUGGAUUGGACAGGAAGAUUCAGGAGUUACUGUUGUCAGGGCAACGAAGGUUGUGGAUUUUGCCACCUCAGCGUCAAAGGGGCUCUUGGAGUCUUGUCAGUCGUGUUAUCAGUUGGAUAACAGGCAUUUGUUUUCCUUUUGUUGGGACAGGACAUCCCGCCAUUUGUUCUGGACUAUCCGGGAGAACGCUUUGCUCUGUAAUUCACUGCCAAGCCAUUAGAGGGGUGUGACAUUGUGUUUGUACGGUUUUGGGGGACUCUUGUCAACUUCCUUUAGUUUGCUUCCGGUUACACAAUAAUGCCAACGGAGAUGGAACACUUGAAUGUGGAUCUUCAGCUCAUCAACAUUGAACAACAGAUGUUGAUCAUACAAAUGUUGAGGCACAGGUGACACAGAAGACUGUUGCGGAGGUGGUCUUUCCGACCGUUGAUGCAGGGAAGAGACUGGCAGGCACAUUACGAAUUCUAGCACCGGGUGGAAACCAGCAAGCUGCGUUGUCCAGCGUUUUGUCCGAUUUCUUUGCUGGGUCUGACAACCAGCCAGUUGGAAGCCAUAGAAGAUUUCUGGCGGCUAUGGAACUUCCCAAACUGUGUUGGAAGCCUUGAUGAUAAACACGUUAUCAUAAAAGCACCAAGGUACUCUCAAUCAGUGAUGAUGUAUCAAGUGUGUGAACUGUCUAUUGUUGAAAAUUAAACCACAGAACAACUCUUUUGACACCUCACCUGUGCUUUAUUCCUCAUAUACUUGAAGUGUAAAAUGUAAAUAAGUCACGGAUUUACAGCAAACAUGUGUACAAAAAAAUGAUAAAGUAGACCAACCAAAAAUACGACAAAGUGAUAAAAAGUUGACAGUUUUUGGCCGGCUGGGACAACACUUCGUGUGGCCAUUCGCUUCCGAACACACAAAUACUUGUCUCGGAGGUUCUUUCAAUUUUUUAUGCAUUCGCUGAACUCCAGCCCCAUAUUUUCAGCAAUCUCGUUCCACGAAUUGCUUGCCAUUUGGCAAUCUUUAUAAUACUUUGACGAAACAUUGUACAGGUGGUCGUACUUGCGGGCCUCUUCGACAAUCCUCUUGUCGGCUUGAUCCAUUUUUUAGUCUAGCCUGUAGCGCAAGAAUGUUUGUAAAUGGCUUUGAUUUCGCGCUGAACCGGAAAAACAGUGUAAGCGGACCUUCAUCCGGCAUUGAUGGGACGCGUAGUCAGAGUUUUGUGGAGCUGCACGUCAGGCUACGGCGGAGGGUCGUAAAUCGGGUCUGCCUUGACGGUGUAGGUCUGCCGCAGUAGCAUAACAGCCUGUAUUAAGUCUAAAAAAAAUUAUAAAUAGGUUAAUUUUAUAUCUUUCCUAAUUUCGAGUAAGAACAUUUAAUUGCGUAUCAAUUUUUCAUGUUUUCAUGCAGGCCCGGAUCUAGGUUUACCCACCAGAGUGGGCACUAAGAAAUCUUGAGGGGGCACCCCCAAUGCAGGCUUUUUACCCCCUGCGUUUCUCCUGGCUUGGGAUAGGCGCAAGUAGGACACUGGCUUGUGUCCCGUUGAGGCUGCAUUAAUUUUUGGGGGGUUUAUUUGCUUUUAUUUAUUUAUUUAUUUUUUUUUUUCAUUCAUCUAUCUACUUAUUCUCGCAGUCGGCGUGAUGUCACGAUGACGUCAUCUCGCAUAGCAACGUGUCGCCAUUUUGAGAUGGGGGCACGCACAGGUAAACAUCCGUAGACAAACGUUGUCUGAAAUUCAUAUAUUUCAGCUGUGGUUUGUGUCUUUUUUUCAUAAAAACGUCUUAAACAUGACUUAUAAUUAUCAUGAGUCACUGCCGACAGACGCGAGGAGGCGAUACAACUUAAAAUUAGCGUGUAUUGGCCUGCAAAUCUGCCCAUACAAAGCCGCAGCUGAUAGCUGGAUAAACAAUCCAAAGGAAUUGCCUGCAGUGGAGUUCGGAAACAUCUACAACUACCUCAUAAAGUCACCCAGUAAGUUGACCUUUAUCAAUUACGUGGAAUAUGUACUGUGUGGAACUAAGAAAACUGGUAGUAUAUACGGAGUGAUAAUAUCUGCCGUAACUGGUAAUUCGCCUCCAAGCGUUAUUUAGCCGUGAACACGUCACGGCAAAAUAACCAAUUCCCACCAGGCCAAUAAUAUACUGAUUGACAGAUCAGAGCAGUUCACGGCAAAAGAAAAAUAACGCUUUGCGAGUUCUCGGUUACGGUAAUAAUAACCACUGCCUAGUCUAUUGAAUCCUAGCAGCUAAUUGGGGCAAAAAAAAAUCGAUUAAAGUUUACUCACCAGUAAUAAAAUGUCGGCUGCAAACGUAAAUGUGCCUGGAUUUAAGUUUCCACUGGCGAAAAUGGUCCACGGAACUGUCUUCUUUUACUGUUCCUCGAUUGAUUGCUUUCAGCCAUUUGCUUGUCCUUUUCUUCUCACGAGGAAGAAUGAAGAACUUCAAAUGCGGCUCCGAACUCUUCCUUGUGUUACAACCAGCAACGCGGCAACUUUUAGUCAUUCCGACGGAAAAAAACACCCAAAUAAGACAAAAGUUCAACGCGUUUGUACUACAAGGCACGACAGAGCAACUGCUUGUGACUCGUGUUUUGCCCCCAUUUCAAUAUGGCGACGCUUUGUUGUGGCUGGUGACGUCAUUAAUGCCCGGAUGUCUGACUGCGAGAAUGUGUCUGGAGGAGAGAGAGGAAGCGCGCGGAUAACAAACGAGUUUGGAAAAACAGCUUGUUUUGGUGAUUGCUUGUUCGGCGUGGUUGCAACCAACAGUAACCGUUAAUCCUGCAAUAAAAAAGUAGGUGAGACCAACUCUCUGUGCGUUCUCUAUAUCCAGUGCGACGCUACAAUAGAUAUUCCCGACAUUUUGAUUGGGUGGGCAUGACUCACGUCUG